AUGCGCCAGAACUCCGUCUCCAGCGCCACCCGCCAUGGCUCCGUCGACGCCGGCGCUGACGCCGCGCUGGCCAAGAUGGGCUACAAGGCCGAAUUGCCCCGGAACCUGAGCAUGUUCUCCGUUUUGGGCCUGUCCUUCGCCAUCAUGGCCGUUCCCUUUGGUCUUUCCACCACCUUUUACAUCACUCUGGCCGAUGGACAAUCCGUGACUAUUCUCUGGGGCUGGGUCUUGGUCUCACUCAUUUCCCUCGGCAUUGCCGCGUCUUUGGCCGAAAUCUGCGCCGUGUAUCCCACCGCCGGAGGUGUCUACUACUGGGCUGCUAUGCUGUCGACAAAGGAAUGGGCGCCAAUUGCUUCGUGGAUCGUGGGCUGGCUUACACUCGUCGGAAACUGGCUGGUCACUUGCAGCAUCAACUUCUCCGGCGGCCAGCUGAUCCUCAGUGCCAUCAGCCUGUGGAACGAGGAUUUUGUCGCCAAUGAAUGGCAGACCAUAUUGAUGUUCUGGGCCGUCAUGCUCAUCUGCUUCUUGAUCAACGUCUUCGGUGCCAAGUACCUGGAUAUGAUCAACAAGAUUUGCGUCUACUGGACUGCCGCAAGCGUCGUCAUUAUCCUGAUUACGGUUCUCACCAUGGCCGACACGAAGCGUAGCGGCGAGUUUGUGUUUGCUCACUACGAUGCUUCGAGCAGUGGAUGGCCAUCUGGCUGGGCUUUCUUCGUCGGUCUCCUCCAGGCUGCCUACACAUUGACCGGCUACGGCAUGGUUGCCGCCAUGUGCGAGGAGGUCCAGAAUCCGGAGCGUGAAGUUCCCAAGGCCAUUGUUCUCUCCGUCGCUGCCGCCGGAGUCACGGGCGUCAUCUAUCUGAUCCCCAUUCUUUUCGUCCUGCCUGAUGUGCAGAUGCUUCUGAGUGUGGCCAGCGGCCAGCCGAUCGGUACGGUCUUCAAGAUGGCGACCGGAAGCGCGGGUGGAGGAUUCGGGCUUCUCUUCCUCAUUCUCGGCAUCAUGUUCUUCGCUGGUACCGGCGCUCUGACUGCCGCCAGUCGUUGCACUUAUGCCUUCGCCCGCGAUGGUGCCAUUCCCGGCAGCCGGCUGUGGUCCCGUGUGGAUAAGCGCUUCGACAUCCCUCUCUGGGGUCUGGUGCUCUCGACCGUCGUUGAUUGCCUGCUGGGCCUCAUUUACUUCGGAUCGAGUGCGGCUUUCAAUUCCUUCACUGGGUGCGCUACCAUCUGUCUGAGCGCGUCGUACGGUGGGCCUAUCCUCGUCAGCGUCCUGCGCAACCGCAAGCUGGUCCGCCAUUCGACUUUCUCCCUCGGCAAGUUCGGUCUUGCCAUCAACGUCUUGACCAUCUGCUGGAUCGUUCUCGCCGUUGUGCUUUUCUGCAUGCCCGUGAGUUUGCCUGUAGAUGCCACGACGAUGAACUACGCUUCGGUUGUCUUUGUCGGGUUUGGUACCAUCUCCUUCCUGUGGUACCUCAUCAGGGGACGCAAGGACUUCAAGGGUCCGCCUGUCGUGCAGACCGAGAAUCCAGAGGACAUCGGUGUUGUUGCUGGAAUGCCGGUCGUGCCAGAGACAUCGAGCGCUGAUGGAAAUGAAAAGGAGGAAAUAACGAAGGUUUGA